AUGCGGGAAGCGAAUCGAGACUUGGGGUCGUUAGGGUUACCGAGAGUGAGUGUCGAGGUUGAACCACCUAGAGACCACGAAUUUAUCGUCAAACCGUCUCUCGACAUUGGCGAUUGGCAGAAUGACGCGGCCCACGAUCUCGUCCCUGCUCGGAGCCAAACGAUCCUCGACCGAGAUCAGCAAGUAGUCUUCGAAAGGCUCGGCCACCACAAACAUCAAAUCCUCGUUCCAGAACGGGUUCGACAGCCCACGACUGCCAGCUGGCGAGGCUAUCCUCGUCCUCAAAACCUGAUUCCCAACUUGAACUUUUGCGAAAAGCUCCGGAUACCUCACCAUGUUCAUGGACGAGCCUUUGUCUCCCAAGACCACAUCUUGGGCCUCGAUAACACCAACCCUUAA